GUGAUCGAACCUAAUAAACGUUAAAAUCUCGAGAUGGGGUUUAUUGUUACAACGCUCAUCUUUGUGGUGAUUGGAAUCAUUGCGUCGCUUUGUACCAGAAUUUGCUGCAACAGAGGACCCUCUACUAAUUUGCUCCACUUAACAUUGGUUAUUACAGCAACAGUAUGCUGUUGGAUGAUGUGGGCGAUUGUAUACCUUGCCCAGAUGAAACCACUCAUAGUCCCCAUUCUGAGUGAAGGCGAAUGAAAUCCUUUAUGGAGAAGUGUGGUGUCCAAAUUCUUUACGGAGAAACAUAGUAUAUUGUCGGUAAUCCAGUGGUACCUAUUGGAUCUGUGUUAACUCAAAUUGGAGUGCAUGAACUUUCAGUUUGAGUUGUGUUUGUGUUUGAUGCUGGUUGCCCUUGAAUUUUUACAUUCCUUCUCUCUUCCAUUUCCAAGACUGUUAGUAGGCAUUCAGCUCAACUUGUAAUUUGAAUGAAAUAAUUGCUUAGAAACAGUUUCUUGUUUGAUUGAUUAUAUAGAAAUAAAAUCUAAUCCUAGUUUUGGGAAGUGAAAA